CUCGCGGCGGCAUGCGCGUGUGAGAUGCGGCCGCGGGCAGCCCGGACGCCAGCAGCGGCCGCGGAGCAGGCGGGCGCGGCCUCCUCGGCGCGGGGCGCGCGGCGCAGGAGGGCGAGCACGCGGGCGCCGGACAGCCGCCGGCCGCGCCGCCCCCGCAGAGGCUGCCUGAGGACUCGCUCGCCGCGCUGAGGCCGGCGCCCGCCAUGGAGGCCCCGCUCGGCCCCGGGCCCCCCGCGCCGGCCGCCGCCGCGCCGCUGCGCGCCCCGGAGGUGGCGCGGCUCCGCGAGGAGCAGGAAAAGGUGGUCACUAACUGCCGAGAGAAAAUCCAGCAUUGGAAGAAGGUAGAUAAUGACUAUAAUGCCCUUCAAGAAAGACUCAGCACCUUGCCUGAUAAGUUGUCUUAUAAUAUCAUGGUACCAUUUGGCCCCUUUGCCUUCAUGCCAGGAAAACUUGUCCACACUAAUGAAGUCACUGUUUUACUCGGGGACAACUGGUUUGCAAAGUGCUCAGCAAAGCAGGCUGUGGGCCUAGUCGAGCACCGGAAAGAACAUGUAAGAAAAACAAUAGAUGAUUUAAAAAAAGUGAUGAAAAAUUUUGAAUCCAGAGUUGAAUUCACAGAAGAUUUGCAGAAAAUGAGUGAUGCUGCAGGUGAUAUUGUAGACAUAAGAGAAGAAAUUAAAAGUGACUUUGAAUUUAAAGCAAAACACCGAAUUGCUCAUAAACCUCACUCCAAACCAAAAACUUCAGAUAUUUUUGAAGCAGAUUUUGCAAAUGCUGUAAAAUCCAAGGAUUUGCUUGCUGAUGAGGAACUGUGGGCUCGACUUGAAGAACUAGAGGAACGAGAAGAAUUGCUGGGUGAACUUGAUAGUAAGCCUGAUACUUUGAUUGCAAAUGGAGAAGAUACGACGUCUUCUGAAGAGGAAAAGGAAGAUCAGAAGAUAAACGUGAAUGUCAUGCAUCAAGUAACAGACUCUGUUACUCCCAGCAAUUGCUGUGAGGAUGUUACAAAUUCAGAACUGUUCAGUGGUCAAACGAGUAGUCAAUUGAACUGUUCAGUGAAUGGUUCAAAUUCUUAUCACAGUAAUGAAGAAGAGGAUGAUGAUGACGACGACGACGACGAAGAUGAUGAUGAUGGUGAUGGAGAUAAUGAAAAUGACCAUGAUACUUUAGGGGUUGGAGAUAAUUCUAUACCAACAAUAUAUUUUUCGCAUACUGUUGAACCUAAGAGGGUCCGAAUAAAUACUGGAAAAAAUACCACUUUAAAAUUCAGUGAAAAGAAAGAAGAAGCCAAACGUAAAAGAAAAAACAACUCUGGUGGCGGCUCUCCUGCCCAAGAGCUGCCUGCGAUCAGGACUCCUGCUGACAUUUACAGAGUCUUUGUGGAUGUCGUGAAUGGAGAGUAUGUCCCUCGCAAGUCGAUCCUGAAGUCCCGCAGCAGAGAGAACAGCGUGUGCAGCGACACCAGUGAGAGCAGCACGGCUGACUUCGACGACAGGCGGGCACUUCUGAGGGGCAUCAGCUGCGAAGAGGCCACUUGCAGUGAUACUGGUGAGAGCAUUCAGGAAGAGGAACAACCAGAUCAUCAUCAAAGGCGACUUCUGCCCUCGUCAGGAACACCUGAGGCUUUUUCUGGAACUGUAAUAGAAAAAGAAUUUUUAUCGCCCUCCUUAACACCACACCCAGCCAUGGCUCAUCCUGUGCUACCCACCAUUCCAGAACGAAAAGAAGUUCUAUCUGAAGUACCAGAAGAAACUACCAAGAGGGUUUCAAAGUUCAGAGCUGCCAGAUUGCAGCAAAAAAACUAGAGCCUGCCUAGGAAAUGGGAGUUUACGCCCCAAAACCUAGUUUUGCAUUUCUUUAGAAUAUAUAUAUAGCAAAACGUGUUACAUGUAGUUUGAAAUAAGGCAUCAUGAGUUUAUUUGGCAGCAAGUUCUCUUACUCUCAUCAGUGAUAUUAAAAAAAGUCAAAGUAAAUGUUUGAAUACUUUCAUAUCCAGCUGCUUGUGUUAAUUCUCUGAAUACUGUCAACACUCUUGUCUGAGUUUGCCAUAGGAUGCAGUGGGAGCAUUUUGAAAUAUUUUUCAAAGAAUACUGUUCAUAUGUAUUGUUUUUGUGUUUCAAACGAAAUGGAGGCAGUUUUGUACCAGCUGUGAUGUUGUGCAUACCAUAUGGACCAUUUUAAACAAACUUUUAAAAUUUCAAAUAGAUUCAACAAUUAUAUUACUUGCUUUAGCAUUUUAAGGGCACUUUAAAAGAAUCUACUUCGUGUAGGUUUUACAGCUGGGUGGCUAUUUAAAAAACCUCUCCCCUUUGACUGUCAUUCUGUAAUCUCUAAGGCAGAAAGCUACAUGUACCCUAUUGGAAAGUUUCUUUGCUUGGAAGAAUGGUAUUUUGUAAAACAUUUUUUUCAAGUAAAAAUUUUAUGAAACUUGGUCUCUAAAAUGUUGUGGACUUUAUGAUUCAGAAUCGAAUAUAGAAAUGUCUUUGAUUCACAUAUAUGCUACAUGCACCACACAGUGGAUCCUCGAAUUGUUGUAAAUCCAUAGGCAAUUUUUCUCCCCUAGUGUGUGCAGUUGUAACUGGCACCAUAUUUUUGGAGAGAAGGAAAGGUGGUCUAUAUGCUAAAAAAAAUUUGAAUUUUUAACUAAGAAAUUUUAUGUUUUCAUCUUCCCAACAUUUUCGUUCUCUAAGGCUACUUUCCUACUAGUAAAUAGUUGAAAUCAUGUUACUUGUGGCAAAACUCCUUAAAAUAAAGAGAGUUUAUUCUAAUGUUGAAAAUUAUACUGCAAGUGUUAAUCAUUAGCUUGAUGCGUGCUAAAAGGUAGCUUUUAAAGAGCAUUCUGCAUUAGUACUAAAAUAAGCCAUCAAUGCCAGUCCACCCUCUAUUCGUGGCUAAAUACUUAAAGGUUAUUUAUAGCUUCUUUAAUGAAUUCUUGCUUAAACAAAGUGAAAUUAUGUCCUAGAAAAGUAGAAGCUAUUUUAACUAGAACAGCACACUAAAAGUUUUAUGAAUAUGUAUUUUAGUAAUAAGGAGGUGAGCCUGAAUCCCCACAAGUUAAUGGAUAAUUCAGAAAAGAGGACUGAUUUUGAACCAUCUCCUAAAAAUGAAGAUUUGUUCUUUAGUAAACUUUUAUCAACUGUGCAUAUAUUUUUAGUUAAAAACUGUUUUUCUCUCAGCCCAUCCCUCACAGAAAACAAACCCUAGCAAACCAAGAAUACAGUUCUAUCCACACCAAGGAGCCCUCGACUCCAGCUGCUGUUCCAGGGAGCCUUUCUGUGCCAGAUUUCCCUGAGACACACUUUGUGUGAGACUGUCGUGGUAUUGUUGACAGACGUGUAUUUCAAGAGUACUGUCAUUAAAUCCUUUCUCAUGUCCAUGAA